AGUACGUAACAGGGUGGUGUAGAGAGAGGGACGGAGGGAGGGCGCCUAUCAGAGGAGGGACAAAGAGCAAGAAAGGGAGAGAGAGUCAUAAAUGCAAUAAUUACAGCUUAGGCAGAAAAAAGUGACGUACUCUGCUGAUUCAACUGCGUAGCUAACAACUGUCACACUGACAGCCAACACAACAAUUCUCUCUCUCUCUCAGUUGUUGUUUGGAUUUACUUUUCACCAGAUCUUUUGAUUUUUCAGUCAUGGAUUUGCUCUUGGAUUCUGGCUGAGUUUCUCCCAUUUUUCUCAAAGUCAAACAGAAUUUCCCUGACUUUUCUCUGAAAGUAACAGCAAGCCUUUGCCAUGUCUGUGACUGCCCUGUUCAGGAGCAAGUUGUGGCAGAAAUCACAAAAUGCCUCGGAGAAGCAUCCACCACCUGCAGUUCAACCCAGCCGCGAAGAUGACGAAGAUGAAGAUGACACAAAAUCGGGGUUCAGCAGGGAUACUUGCCGCAGGAACUCUCGCUUUUAUCGGUCCAUGAGGAAGAAGAGGAUCCCAUCUGAGCAGCCUGACAAUCCUCAUUUGGACCACAGUCCGUCUAGCAAAGCGGGGCUCUCCCCCCCUAAUGUUCUCACACCCAGAAAAUCACCUUUGUUGCCCAGGGCUAGACGCCCUCAGCUUUCGCCGCAGCUCCAUCAUUCCAGGACUCCGUUGCCAAGCAAUGGGGAGGCCAGCAGCAGAGAUGCUCUGUAUGGAAAAGAUGCUGUGGAUAAGAGAAGAGGAGUGGGAGGAGGGAGGAGUUUGGACAUAUCUGCUGCCUCCAGCAGCAAGCAUCAAAGUUUUACACAAGACAUGAUCCCUUACCGGACUCACGACAUUCAUAGCAGAGACAUAAAACAGCUGUCUGAGAAAACAGCUGCAGCGUGCACUGUGCAGGAGGUCAUAGGGAAGACCAUGAACUCACCACGGACCAGCGUUGAGGGAGCAGACUCGGAGAACGCCAAGUUCAGGUUACCCAGCAAUGGAGAAGGCCCGCAGACAAUCUGCCACAACCUCAACAUCGUCAAAAACAAUGCCUUCCUAUACCAGGAAUACCGGGACACGUCCAAGCAGCAGGAGAUCGAGCAGCGGCGGCAGCUUGAGAACCUUUCUCCCCGGGUCUCUGCAGGGACUGUGGUGGAAGGGUCCGGUAUGGUGUCCCCCCCAGUGUUACAGCUCCAGCUGAGGAACAGUGCUCGCUCAAUGAGCCUGUGGCAGAACCUGGACGUGGUGCAGGCCAGCGGUCUGCUCACCCAGCUACUGCAGAAAGAAAUCAUAAUGCAAGAGGCCAUGUUUGAGCUUGUAACUUCGGAAGCAUCGUACUACAAGAGUUUGGAAGUAUUAGAGGCUCACUUCCUGCGUAACCCAGUUUUAAUCAACUCUCUCAGCCAAUCUGACAUGCAUUUCCUGUUCUCCAACAUCGAGGAAGUCAUGAAAGCCAGUGAAAGGUUCCUGAUGGAUCUUGAGCACCGAAUGGAGAAAUCCAUUUUGAUCUCUGAUGUGUGUGACAUUGUUUUCUUCCAUGCUGUGGAACACUUCAAUGUCUUCAUCAAAUACGUCAUCAACCAAGUGUACCAGGAGAAGAACUACAGGCGCCUUUUGGAGGGAAACCACGCGUUCCGGGAUGCUAUGGCUGCUCUGGAGAACCACCCCUGUGUCAGGGGCCUGUCCUUCACCUCCUUCCUAAUCCUUCCCUUCCAGAGGAUCACACGGCUCAAGAUGCUUGUACAGAAUAUCCUGAAAAAAGCAGAGGAGAACUCAGAGAGGGAGGCAAAUGCUAUAAAAGCACAUCAGCAACUGGAGCAGAUCGUGAAAGAGUGUAAUGAAGGGGUGAGAAAAAUGAGUCGCACUGAGGAGCUUAUCAGCAUCGAGAAAACACUGGAGUUCAAAUCCAAGUCUGUGCCCAUCAUUUCCCACUCGCGCUGGUUGCUAAAGAAAGGUGAAGUGCAGCUCAUGGCUGGACCUAAGAGCACUCGGACCAUGCGGAGUCGUAAGCUCUACCAACCAGUAUACUUGUUCCUUUUUAACAAUCUGCUACUGGUCACCAAGCCAAGCUCCAGUGGGGAAAAGUUCCAGGUUCUGGACUCAUGCACUCGGUCCAUGUUGAGGACUGAAGAUCUCGAAGACCAGGGCCAGCUCUUGGCCAAUGUCUUUAAUCUUAAACUGCUGGAGAACCAAGAGGAGCGUCCAGUCAGCUACAUGCUGAAGACCGCCAGCAUGAGUGACAAGCUUCGAUGGAUGUGUACCCUCACUCCUAACCGGCGCACACGCUUUAUGUCUACUAGUGCCCACCAACCAGACUCUCCCCAGGUGCAGUGCAUUCAGUCAUACUCAUUCCAGGAACCAGAUGAACUCUCCAUUGAGAUGGCUGAUGUCUUGAACCUCCUCGAGAGAACAAACGAUGGCUGGAUGAUGGGUGAAAGGCUCCAUGAUGGAGAAAGGGGCUGGUUCCCUAGUCGAGUUGUAGAGGAGAUCCAGAGCAAGGAGCUCCGGGCUCAAAACCUGAGAGAGGCCUUCAGGAUCCAGCAAGCCCAGGAAGGUGGAGGAGCAGCGCAAACUGGAGCCAGAAGUGGUAUAAGGGCGGGGAGACGCACCGGAAGGAUCUCCAACCAUUCCAAUUCUUGAAUUGAUCAAAUGGGGGAAAAGCAAUAUUCUUCAAGCAGUAAGGCGGGAAGAAUGUCACCUGUUCAGGGCUAAAUGCACUAAAAGAAACAAUCAGGAUACAUGUGACUUAAAUCCCUUACAAUGUCCCCUUGUCCUUUUGAUUUUACUUGAUGGUUUUAAAAAUCCAAAUGAUCAAAGCGCUUGGGUCGAUAACCAUGUACAAGCCAUGCUGCAUGUCUAAUAUAAACGUGUGCUACAGGUGUUAUUCAGCCCGACACACUGGAGUGUAAUGCAUGAAGCAAAGAUCUGUAUUUGGUGUGGAGAUGGAAAGAAUCCCAGCAGGUCUUGCAAAAGUACUGUAAUCAUCCCUCAGCUGCAUGGGCAAGUUUAACAAUUUUAAAUGUGUUCAUUUCAUUGUAAAAAACAUCUUUGCACUCUGGAUUCUACCCCAAAACACAAACCUUCAAAUGUACGAUUGCCCAAAGAACUCAAUGCACUGCAACUUAAGGAAAACACAUGCAAUUAAAACGCAACACAAUGCAAUACAAAAACAUGCUGCAAAAUGUUAAAACAAAACACAAUACAUGAAGUGCAUUGAGUUUUCAGGGCCACCCUAAAAGUUUCACAUAAAAAAAGCAUUGUAUGGAUAUUAAAAAGGAUUAUUUAAAAGAGAGUCAGCUGAAGUGAUACUCCACCCAAAACCCUUUAUGAAUACGAAACACUGGCUACAGCCAGACAUGAUGCUGGCUGUGCAUUUUUCAGGGUGGAGCAGGAUGGAUCCAAACUCAUAGGAAACUUAGAACAGAUACAAGGUUUGGUCAAGACAAGGCAGAACAGAACAGAAAACCAGCCUUAAAUACAACCACAACUAAUCAGGGGAUACAUUGCAGGCGUACCAAAGGUCACGUGAUUGCAGGGCUAAUGGUGAACAGAUGGAACUAAUAUGACAGACGGGAAAACACCCAAAGACAGGAAGUAAAAACAGACAAGGCACAGGGGAAUACAAAAUGUUUCAAAAUAAAAUAGGAAACAGAUAAACAAUAGCAGAUUGAUUCAAAGCCGUUAAGACAGCCGCUACUAGAGUUCAGAAAAUUAUAGGAAUCUGUGAUUUCAACUGGUAACGAAAGGACCUCGAGAUGAGAACUGAAUCGUGCAAACAAAAACACAUGCCAAAUAGAUUGCUAAUACAAACACCACUGCAAGAAAUGUGUUAUAUUAGUUACCAUUAGGUUAAAAAAAAGUGCCUUUGAUAUUUAAAAUACUAUCAGAGAACAAUAUCUAUAUAACUGUAUCAGGUCAGCAUGUCCUAUUGUCAGAACACAUACCCCCUCACAAAACAAACUCCUAGCCUAUAAUCUACUCACCAAAUGGCCUCUGAACAAACCUUGGGCUUUGAAGAAUCCUUAAUGACAGUCGUAAAUCAGGUGUUCUCAGUUUGAUAGAAUUCAUGUCACGGUUCAUAAUUUGUCUAAACUUUAAAAAGCUUUGUCCACAGUGGGCAUAUUCUUCAUUUGUGGGAGACUUUAUGGAAGCCUUU